AUGUCGUACACAUACCAGUCCACAUGGCUAGGAAGCUUCCCAUCGGUUUAUAACGGUCGAAGUAUGAUAAGAAGGAGAGACUGCGCGAAGCGUGCGUCUUUUAUGGCCGACGAAGCCCAGUCGGAGAGUUUGAAAAUGCGUAGAAACACUAUCCUGACCGCCCAAAUCUCUAGCAAACGCCUCGUAACCGUGAACCCUGACACCUCCAACGCCGAACUGAUCUCUGCACCCGCAACCUCCACCACGAAACUAGGCCUCAUCCAUACUCGACCGAAGCUUCCCAUGCAACUUGGCCAACAGACCAAGACGCGCGAGCGUGCUAUCCCAAACCGCGCCGCUCUGGUCCAUAAACACGCGAUCAGCUAG